UAAGUGGCAGAGAAAUGUAACCUUAAAUAAUGUCACGUGAACAUGUUUACUUCUACCCGCUUUCAUGGUAUCUAUCACCAACUUAGGUUCCCAAAUUCUUCACAAUAACUUCCGAUUCAAUAAUUUAUCAAUCUUUGCAUUCCUCUAUUGAUUGAUCUGCAGUGAGUAGGAUUGAUUGCUUGUGCUUCAGUUGCCUUUGGAUUUUCGAAGCAUUUCUUCUCUAGAUCCACGCCAAGGUUCCAUUUACCAGCUCUAUACUAUAUGCCUGCAGUGAUUGAUUGAAGCAAGAUAAUGGAUAGAGUUAUGAGGCAGAAGAGAUUUAAAUCUAUAAACAACUGCUCUCAUUCUGACUCAUCAUGCAACAAACAAGAAGCAUAUGAAUAUUAGGCAAUGCUCAAAUAGUAGUAAUAAGAGUUUUAUUCUGUUCUCAGAGCUCUCUCAAGACUUGAUGCUUCCUAUCCUUACUUUGCUUCCUUUUAAGUGUCUUCUUAACUCUGCAAGGUACGUCUCCAAAUCUUGGGCCACUGCUAUCUCAGCCUACCUACCUCUUAAACCACCUGGUCUUUACGUUUUCAAGACCAACUCAACGACAAAUUCUUAUUUCUUGAAUAUUCAAGAUCAUGUUAAUUGACAACCUGAAAGGAUUACUUUGGGAACACCUUCCAAAAUGGGACUUGUAAUGGCUACUUGUCAUGGCAUUUUACUGCUUUGUACUUUUUCUACACUAACUUUUGCAGUAAACCCCAUCCUUAAGUGCUGCUUUAGAAUUCCAAAUCCACCCACUAAUUCAAAAUGCUUCAUUUCUAAUCGAUCUACUAUAGCACGCGUUCCUCGCACUGCCAAUUUCAAGUUGUUUGUAGCAGAUGUCCUAAAUGUUUUGGGGGUCAAUUGGUAUGUUUUCUACGUCCUAACAAUUGGAGUUGAUAACACAUGGAAAGAGAUAGCUAGAAAAAAAGCUAUCGACCUUAAAUGUUAUUUUCUAUGGGAUCCCGUUUAUAAUGGAGAAAAUGAUAUUUAUUGGAUAACAAGGGAUGGAGUGACUGUGAUGGAUGUUGACAGGGAAAUUAUUAUAAGAGAGUAUCCACUCCCCCCUCCGCGAGUGGAUUAUGCUCCGAUUGGGAUUUUUUCAUGGAUGGGAGACCGUCUUUCUUGCAUUGUUUUGGUUAAAGGUUUUAGUAGUGCUGGUGCAUAUCAAAUCUAUGCUUUGGAUUUGGAUUUAGGAAAAUGGACUCUUUAUCAUGAGAUGGGGCCUUUUGAUUAUGGGGCUAUUUGUGGCCACGAACUGGAUUUUGAUAUUAAUAUCAGCAUACUGGGCCUGAGGUUUCGUUUCUGGAUCAACGACCAAAUUUUCUUUAUAGCACUUAUCGAUUCAUCAAUAAAUCGAAAAUCAUUUUCAGGCGUUAAAAAGAUAAUUUUCUGUUACAAUGUCAAGACUAGACAACUGACAAAGAUUGAUGACAUUAUAGUGGGCCAUUUUGAAGCAUGGCUUCAUACAAAUACUCUAGUUUCAUUGCCAAGUACUCCAACAUAGCUAGGUUUCCUGCUAUAAAAUAUGCGCUAUAUAUUCAGUAGUAUUUAUAUUUGUCUUGGUUGGCCCAACCAGAAAAAUAAGUAUUUAUGUUUCUAUUUAAUUAUCAUGUACAUGGACUAUGGCCAACCCAAAGGUGAAGUUUUAAGGGGUUGUUUUAAUUUAUUUAUCAUCAAACUUGUUGAAAACAAUUGAUGCACGCUUGCCUGGUUUUUAAAUCUCAGUUAUUUACUUCAUUGCAAUGUUUAAA